GAGUCACACACAUACGUCAUCACUGUGCGUCUUCCGUUAACGCGUGAGCGGCUGUUUAGAGUCCUGCAGCUGGUGUUGGGGCCUACACUUGUUUGAGAGACUUUGUGUGUUUGGAGAGCUGAGCGGGGAUGGCGGACGAAUUCGGUGAUGAUUUGUUCUGUAUGAUCGACGAGGAGACUCCGGCGGGCAGUAAAACGGCACUACCCGGCCCGACUACCUCCGCUGCUAGAGGGAAGAAAAAAAAGGGCUAUCCAGCAAUUACAGGACCUGCAGCCGUCCCAAAACGUGAAGCCAUCGUUCUUGAUGGACCAGAGGAUUGCAUAUUGGGAAAGAAAUUGAAGCUUGAUUCAGCUGCAGAUGAGAUAAAUCUGGCAGAUUUAAUGCCCAGGAUUAAAGUCCAAGAAGUGGAUACAGUUGAGGCCUGCACACAUGAGGUGGCGUUGCCUGCUGAUGAUGAGUACAUACCUCUUAGACCACGGGUUGGGCAAGCUGCAAAGGAAUAUCCAUUUAUACUUGAUGCUUUUCAGCGAGAGGCUAUUCUGUGCAUGGACAACAACCAGUCUGUCCUCGUUUCUGCCCAUACAUCAGCUGGAAAAACAGUGUGUGCAGAGUAUGCUAUUGCCUUGGCUCUGAGAGAAAAACAGAGAGUCAUUUUUACCAGCCCCAUCAAAGCUUUAAGUAACCAGAAAUAUAGAGAGAUGUACGAAGAAUUUAAUGAUGUUGGCUUAUUGACUGGGGAUGUCACCAUCAACCCUUCAGCCUCCUGCCUUGUAAUGACAACUGAGAUCUUGCGAAGCAUGCUGUACAGAGGUUCGGAGGUAAUGAGAGAAGUUGCCUGGGUCAUUUUUGACGAAAUCCACUACAUGAGAGAUGCAGAAAGAGGAGUCGUGUGGGAAGAAACAAUCAUCCUUCUACCGGAUAAUGUACAUUAUGUCUUUCUGUCUGCCACCAUACCCAACGCCCGGCAGUUUGCAGAAUGGAUCUGCCAUCUGCACAAACAGCCUUGUCAUGUGGUCUAUACGGAUUAUCGCCCGACUCCCCUGCAGCAUUACAUUUUUCCUGCAGGGGGAGAUGGCCUCCAUCUUGUUGUGGAUGAGAAUGGUGAUUUCCGAGAAGACAACUUCAAUACUGCAAUGCAGGUACUAAGGGAUUCUGGGGAGGCCUCCAAGGGAGACCAAAAAGGACGUAGAGGAGGAACAAAAGGACCCUCUAAUGUGUUCAAGAUUGUCAAGAUGAUUAUGGAGCGCAACUUUCAGCCAGUUAUCAUUUUCAGUUUCAGCAAGAAGGAAUGCGAGGCCUAUGCACUGCAAAUGUCCAAGCUGGACUUCAACUCUGAUGAGGAGAAGAAGAUGGUGGAGGAAGUGUUUAAUAACGCCAUAGAUUGUCUGUCAGAUGAGGAUAAGAAGCUUCCACAGGUGGAGCAUGUCCUUCCCCUUCUGAAGCGAGGUAUUGGGAUCCAUCAUGGAGGAUUGCUGCCCAUACUCAAAGAGACCAUCGAGAUUCUAUUCUCAGAAGGUUUGCUAAAGGCUUUGUUUGCAACAGAAACUUUUGCCAUGGGUAUAAACAUGCCAGCCAGGACCGUAUUGUUCACCAGUGCACAGAAAUUUGAUGGGAAAGAUUUUCGUUGGCUCUCCUCGGGCGAGUACAUCCAGAUGUCUGGCCGUGCUGGAAGACGUGGCAUGGAUGAACGAGGAAUUGUGAUUCUUAUGGUUGAUGAAAAAAUGAGCCCAACGGUUGGCAAAAUGCUUCUGAAGGGUACAGCUGAUCCUCUGAACAGUGCUUUCCAUCUCACAUACAACAUGGUGCUGAACCUCCUGCGAGUGGAAGAAAUUAACCCCGAGUACAUGUUGGAGAAAUCUUUCUACCAGUUCCAGCAUUACCGGGCUAUUCCGGGAGUAGCUGAUAAAGUGAAGACAUUAGAGCAGCAGUACAAUGGUAUACAGAUCCCCAAUGAGGAGAGUGUUGUGACGUACUACAAAAUUCGUCAGCAGCUUGCCAAACUUGGCAAGGAGAUUGGAGAAUACAUUCACAAACCCAAGUAUUGCCUGCCAUUUCUGCAGCCAGGGAGGCUAGUUAAGGUUAUGAGUGAAGAGAACGACUUUGGAUGGGGAGUAGUGGUAAACUUUACCAGGAAAUCAAAUGUAAAGCCAAAUACUGGAGACUUGGAUCCAAUCUAUGUGGUGGAAGUUUUGCUAAACUGCAGUAAAGAGAGCCUUAAAAAUUCUGCGACAGAGGCUGCAAAGCCAGCAAUGCCAGAUGAAAAGGGAGAGAUGCAGGUGGUUCCAGUCGUGUUGCAUUUGCUGACAGCAAUCAGCAGCGUUCGCCUGUAUAUUCCAAAGGAUCUUCGGCCUCUGGAUAACAGACAAAGUGUACUUAAGUCUAUCCAGGAGGUUCAGAAGCGUUUCCCCGAUGGCGUGCCUCUACUGGAUCCCAUUGAUGACAUGGGUAUUAAAGAUCAGGGGCUGAAAAAGGUGGUUCAGAAAACUGAGGCAUUUGAGCACCGAAUGUAUUCACACCCGCUCAAUAAUGAUCCUAAUCUAGAGACCCUCUACAAACUCUGUGAGAAAAAGGCCCAGAUUGCAGUAGAUAUCAGAACUGCGAAGCAUGAACUGAAGAAGGCUCGCACAGUGCUACAGAUGGAUGAGCUGAAAUGUCGGAAGCGUGUUCUCAGGCGGAUGGGAUUUGCCAGCUCCUCUGAUGUCAUUGAAAUGAAAGGACGAGUUGCUUGUGAAAUCAGCAGUGCCGAUGAACUCCUCCUCACCGAGAUGAUGUUUAAUGGCCAUUUCAAUGACCUGACAGCGGAACAAGCUACUUCACUGCUCAGCUGCUUUGUGUUCCAGGAGAAUUCCAGCGAAAUGCCCAAACUGACGGAACAACUGGCAGGACCACUGCGCCAUAUGCAGGAAACAGCCCGAAGGAUUGCUAAACUCUCAGCUGAAGCAAAGUUAGAAGUGGAUGAAGAAUUGUAUUUAGCCUCCUUUCGCCCCAACCUGAUGGACGUCGUCUAUACUUGGGCCAAUGGGUCAACAUUUGCUCAAAUUUGUAAAAUGACGGAUGUUUUUGAAGGUAGUAUUAUUCGCUGCAUGAGGCGUCUGGAAGAAUUGAUGCGCCAGAUGUGCCUGGCCGCCAAAGCCAUAGGGAACACAGAGCUGGAGAACAAGUUUGCAGAAGGUAUUACAAAAAUCAAGAGGGACAUUGUCUUUGCUGCCAGCUUGUAUUUGUAGCGGAGAUGAGAUUCAUCGCCAGUUUUGAUCCAACAAAACCUUUUUUUUAAAGUUUGUACAAAUUCAUCCAUGCAAGACCGAUAUUGUUUAUAUAAACCGUUUUAUUGUUUUGGUGUUACAGUGUGCAGAACCAAGCAACGUUCGUGCAUAGCAAUAUUACUUGUUUGUACAUACCAUUACCACACUAUUUUAAUUAAAAAAAAUUUACAAUUUGAAUACCA